AAAAAGAAAAUCAAAAGGGUAGACAAAUCUGAAAAUUCAUUGCAGAGAGAGAGAGAGAGAAAGCAAAGACUACCGUGAGGAGUAGGGGUAGGUGCUUAAAACGUUAAAUCCUCAUUAAAGCACACAAUGAAUUUAAGUUUGAUACUAUCUUUUUCUUCUUUAAACUGAAAGAUUUUUUGGAGGAAAGGGAUGCCAAGCAACACCAGUUUAGUGGCGACCCACUUCUGAAAAGGGUCAAAGAAACAAAGAGUGAUCGUUUUCUUGUUGGAGAAGCGAAAAAGUUUCAGUUUUGUUGCAUACCCAAAUAUUUUCUUGAGGGAAAUUGGGUUGAAGUGAUCUGAAGUAGAAAUGGGGUUGAUUUCUGGGAUUCUGUUGGGGAUGAUCUGCGGGAUUGGUUUAAUGGCAGUUUGGAAACAUAUGACGAGGCACAGGGGCAACAAGAGAAUUGCUAAGGCAGUAGAUGUGAAAGUAAUGGGCGGCCUCAGCAGGGAUGAUCUAAAGAAAGUUUGUGGCGAUAACUUUCCUGAAUGGAUAUCAUUCCCGGUUUUUGAACAGGUCAAAUGGUUGAACAAACAAUUGAGCAAAUUGUGGCCAUUCAUUGCCGAAGCAGGAGAGGCUAUUAUAAAAGAAUCUGUUGAACCUCUUUUAGAAGAUUAUCGACCUUCUGGAAUUACUUCAUUGAAGUUUAGCAAAUUAUCAUUGGGAACUGUGGCACCUAAAAUAGAAGGUAUUCGUGUUCAGAGCCUUAAAAAAGGUCAAAUCACUAUGGAUAUUGACCUCCGAUGGGGUGGUGAUCCCAAUAUUGUCUUAGGUGUUGAAGCUGCAAUGGUUGCUUCUAUACCCAUUCAGUUGAAAAAUCUUCAAGUUUUCACUGUUAUUCGUGUUAUCUUCCAACUAACUGAGGAAAUCCCUUGCAUCUCGGCUGUUGUUGUAGCAUUACUUUCUGAGCCCAAACCUAGAAUUGACUAUGUCUUGAAGGCGGUCGGUGGAAGUUUAACAGCUCUUCCUGGACUUUCAGAUAUGAUUGAUGACACUGUAAAUACAAUAGUGACAGAUAUGCUAGAAUGGCCGCACAGAAUCGUUGUUCCAAUUGGAGGCAUACCCAUGGAUACUAGUGAUUUGGAGCUUAAGCCACAAGGGAAGCUCAUAGUAACUGUAGUCAAGGCUAAUGGCUUGAAGAACCACGAAAUGAUUGGAAAAUCCGAUCCAUAUGCUGUUGUACAUAUACGCCCACUUUUCAAGGUUAAGACAAAAACCAUUGACAACAACCUAAAUCCUGUUUGGGAUCAGACGUUUGAGUUAAUUGCAGAAGACAAGGAGACCCAAUCCCUAUUUGUUGAGGUCUUUGAUAAAGACAAUAUUGGGCAAGACGAGCGAAUGGGUGUCACAAAGUUGCGUCUCAGUGAGCUAGUAGCUGACACUGCCAAAGAAAUUGAAUUACGAUUACUGCCAAAGUUUGAUAUGCUCAAAGUCAAAGAUAAGAAGGAUCGGGGAACUAUCACAAUAAAGGUGUUGUAUCAUGAGUUCAACAAGGAAGAGCAGUUAGCUGCUCUGGAGGCAGAGAAGGUGAUCCUAGAAGAAAGGAAGAAGCUGAAAGCAGAAGGGGUUAUCGGGAGCACAAUGGAUGCGGUUGGUUCAGGUGUCGGUAUGUUGGGCAGUGGCAUUGGGGCAGGUGUGGGGCUUGUUGGAACGGGGCUAGGUACCGGUGUAGGCAUAGUUGGAAGUGGCUUUGGAGUUGUUGGCAGUGGCCUAAGCAAAGCUGGAAAAUUUAUGGGAAGGACAUUCACUGGUGGACAUUCCAGCAGUUCAAAGAAGAAUGGUUCCUCAACUCCAGUAAACUCUGUUCAAGAAAAUGGUGGUGCAAAGCCACUCAAAAGUGAAUAGUUAUGUGAACUACAACUCAAGCUUUUUUUUCAUUUCUUAAGAACCUGUUUGAAUAAUGGAAAUUAAGUUGGUGUUGAUAGAAUGGUGAUAAAUUAUGCCCAUUUGUGAAUUUGUUUAUGGUGUUUGGUCCUGCUGAAUUGUAAGUACAUCUUAAGUUGAUAAAUUAUUUUCAUGAAAAAUUAUGUC